CUACCUAACUCGUCUCUUCGACUGUUGCCCGUGCUUUCAGCCAAAAGCACCUGGAUUUGGUCAUAAGUUGCGUUUGGUUUCUGCAUAUGUGUGAUCAGAUAUUUACAAGCUGAUUAGCUUCAACAGGCACAUAAAGAUCUCCCGGGUCGAUAAAGUUCAAAGAUGGGAUGCGGAGGAAGCAAGGGAGUGAAAACCAGAACAGCACCAGCACCGGUCGCUGAUCAGCUGGAACAAACUACUAUUACCACUAGCUCAAAAGAGAAGACAAGCCCUUCAAACCACAGACAACAGCCCGACGGUAAGAUAACAGAACAAACUUCAACAGAGGGUCGCCAAGAAAUCCAAAAGCCAGCUGAUGACGAACAAAUUUCUCAGAAGCAGAUUUCCUUGGUGCAAGAAACUUGGGGACUGGUGAGUGGUGACCUUGAAAAAGUGGGAGUCGACUUUUACAUGAGGUUAUUUAAGGCAAACCCAGAUGUAUUACAACUGUUUUCAUUCCGAGACAUUGAUAAAUCAUCCGAUGACAUCAUGAGAGCGGAUGAUCGACUUAAGAGACAAGGACUGGUUACCAUGCAACACGUCGACUUGGCCGUGAACUCACUGAACGAUUUGGGUUCUAUUGUUCCUGCUCUAAGGGACCUAGGCGGGAGACAUGCGAUGUACAAAGUUGAAGAACAUCAUUACGUGCUUGUAGGAUCUGUUUUACUCGACACUCUAAACAAUGGCCUGGGGGACAACUUUACGGUAGAGGUAAAAGAAGCCUGGACUGGUGUUUACGGAAUCGUUGCGAACACGAUGCAAGCAGGAGCAAGAGAAGUUCUCGAGGAAUAGGAAUAGCCAAGGGAAAAUCAGCUCGUAUACUCUUAACACACCAAAUAUAAUCUAAAAGGGUCUUUCAAUGAUAAAACGUUCAUUGCAGCGAUUUUGCCUCAUUCCGAGAGCACUAAAGGAGCAAGAAACAUACGCGAACUUUCAUGGUUUUGUUUUAAACAAAACAAUUUGUGACUGUUACUCAGGCCAGAAUGUAUAUAUUACGAUAUUAUUCGUCCUGUUGCUUGUUCAUUUGAAAGCUUCUUUAUUCCUCAUUGUUUGCUUGUUAAUUGUUAGAUAUGCAUGAUAUAUUCACGUUUAAAUGCAUACACUUUUCCUCAUAAUUUGCUUCUUUAAGCUUUGUUAAAUAUGAAAAUAACGCAGAUACUGAUCUUUUUUUUUCUCUUUUUUAAAAUAUUAUUUAAUAGCUUUUGUAACAGUAAACAGAAAAAUAUGGCGAUCCGUCCGACUCUUACAAGGUAUAUUUGCAUAAACGAGAACAAAAGGAAGAAGAAUGAGAAGAAAGAGACCUUUAACAGCUGCAUCAUUUAUUCAUGAAAAUAGAAACGUGUUUGAAUUUUUA